AUGGCGGAUCUGUGUGAUGUUUUACUGUUAUUUGUGACUUGUAUCCAUCUACUCGUUUGUCCAUUCACCAAAGUAGAAGAGAGCUUUAACAUGCAAGCAACGCACGAUCUCUUGUAUCACAGAGGCAACAUUAGCAAGGUACGGUACUUCAAUUACGAUCGCCUGGUAGCGAUCUCAAUUUCCAAGCGAAAGUCUCCUAGAGUACUAAGAUUUAUUAAGCUUCGUGUAGGAGCGCUUUGUUCAUGUAACUGCAGAGUAGAUGCAUUUUGCAAAUUGGAACUCUGAAAAAUACGAUGGAAUAGAGAAUUAAAUCUGGAGUACAAUAAAAAAGUGUUCUUAUUAACCUUACUGCUGUGUGAGUCAUUCCAUUUUUAUCCGUAACCCUCGCCCACCACCAACCAAAGCUGGAAUCCGAACUCUAAAUUUUUUUUGUUGGCGCCCCUUGAAAACUGAAGGGUAUAAAUUUUGUUGGCUUUAUUAAUGAAAAAUUCUGAACUCCACUUUUCAAAAACCUGUCAUUCUUAGGAGGGGGGAAAUUGUGGGAUGGUGGGAGGGGGGUGGACACAUUAAAAUUGGAAUGUCCCAGUUAAUUCUCUGUUCCAUCACUUGCUUCAUACAUUGUAGUGCUACAAGCGUAAGGUAUGACAUUAUAUUACGUAACCCUAAAAUAAAAAAAAAUGACUACUAGCUAGGUUAUGCCUAUAUUUUUUGCUCCUUUUAUUGUCAUAAUUAUUGUUUAAUUUUAGACCAUUUUUAAGCAACAAGCUUUAGUUAAUUUUUGUGUGUUUUCUAUUUCUUUUUUAGUAUGAUCACUUGGAGUUUCCUGGUGUUGUCCCUCGCACUUUUCUUGGUCCUAUUGUGGUUUCAUCACUCGCAUAUCCAGUGAUUACAGGUCUUAAUGUAGCUGGUGCAUCAAAACUGUGGUCACAGAUUGUAGGUAUAAUUAUACAUAUUAAUAUUUGGUCAGGUAGUAGAUUAUCCUGAGAGCAGAGUCCCUUCAUCUUCCUCUUCCUGACUUAUCAAGGAAAAUCUAAAUUCCACUGAUACCAAAUAUUUAGCAAUUGUUAGUGGAUGAGGACACAUAAUGUCAUUUUUCCACAUCAUACGAUACAGAAUACAUUUAAAGGGCCACAAUGGGAUGUAUGAUCAGGGCUCCAAAAAAAAAAUUGAAUUCCAGCUUGUCCUUUGGGCAAGCAGCUCUCUCAUUUUUCUUGCCUUGGGCCACUUCUUGCUCGUUUUAGUUAAUGAUUAAGUUAAAUUUAGAUGACUUGCUUAGACCCUUGCCUUUGGCCAAGUGAAUUUAAAAGUUAUAUGCCCUGGAAGAAAAUCUGCGUGUCCCGGACGACUGGAUGGGACUUUUUUCGAGCCCUGAUGAUAAGAUACAUACUGUGAAGGACUGGACUUACAGUUCCCACUACUAGUUGGGGGUGCAAAAACUCUUCAGCUGGCAAAUGACAAAUAUUAGUAGUUAUGCAUUUGUGUACCAUCUUGUCUGCCAUCUUUAUUAAGGAAAGAUGCUAAGCAGGGAUGGUUGCUAUUUCAUUUUGUCUCCACCAUAAGAUGGCCUUACAAUGGCUAAAUGGAGAGUUUAAGACAUUGAUUUAGUUUAAGUUUUUGGAGAUAAAUAUAGAGCAAUUUAGAGUCACAUUUAUGACAAAAUAUGGCCAACAGGAAUAAUUACAAUAUCUACACAGGGCUUCUGAUAGGUUGAGGAAAAAAAGUGAAAUUUCGCGGGAUUUUUAGGGCCAGAUUCACGGAAAAAAGGGCUGAUUUCACGGGAAUUUUCAGGGCCAACUUCGCCAAAAAGUAAUCAGUAAAAAAUGGCCAAUUUCAUGGUUGUUUUCAGGGCAAAUUUUGCUAGGAAUCGAUUGGUUUUGCGCUGAUCAGACCAGCGAUUCAAAAGUUUUUCUAACAGAGGUCGUCAUUUGCUCUUUCAACAACAAUACGUUCCAGAAAUGAGCCAAUGGGAAAACUUUUAACAUCAUGGCUGGUUCCCAGUUUUUCGCAACAUAAUCUAUGCCUGAUAGUUUCAGGACGUUGUUUGCACGUUUCAGUGACAAAGUUUCAAGAUGAAUUUGCAAGUUUACGGCAAGUAAAUAGCCCCAAUAGCUGAGCUAAGUUUGAAAUAUGUUGUACAGACAUGUAUUUGAUAAGAUUUCUACCGAAUUUCGUGGUAUUUUGUGUAUUAUUGUGACUUUUGCAGGAUUUCGCAGAUAUACCUGAAUUUCACGGCUCUGCGACAGCGCGAAAUAUUAGAAGCCCUGUAUACAACAAGACCAAGCGUUUCCUUUACUUACCUAGGCUGCAAAGAUCCUUAUUUAGGCAAAAUCAGUCAAACAUCAGUCUAGAAGUAGAGUGUAACCAUUAUUUCCCCUUCUUUUCAGUCCGUUUUUCUCUAGGUGUGAUCUCUCUGUUUGCCUUUUCAAAGUUCAGAAGCUCAAUCUCACUUACAUUUGGUUCAGAUGUUGGAGUUUUCUUAGCACUGAUAACUGCCUCUCAGUUUCACUUGUUAUUUUAUUUAUCAAGACCACUACCAAACACAUUUGCCCUUGUAUUAGGUAAGUAAUAUACUACUUAUUAACCAAGAUUGAGUUUCAUUACAGGGAAAUCUCAGACCAAAGCCUUGAACGAGAUCAAUACAUCAAGGCCAAGGUCUGAGAUUUCCCUGUAAUGAUCGAACCAUUAAGGGUAAUAAGUUAUUAUUAUAUGGCCUUUUUAUUAUGGACCUGAGCUUGCGAUCAAUUAGAGCCAACAACUGGUCAGUGGAUAACUCAAAAAAACACAUCACCUCAAUGAGUCGUACAUGUACACUUGAGCUGGUGAUAUAGUCAGGUGACACUGGUCAGUGGAUGCCCUUUUUGACAGCUGUCAAUUGACUAUGACAUGGAUGUCCAUAAGGAUGCCCACUGUCAAGUUAAAUACAGAUUGUAUAUGCCUUGGCACACAUGUAGCUAGUAAUGCCGGAUCAUUACCAGAAAAUAAUGCCCUGUCAUUACAAAAAAACAGCGAAUAAGAGAGCGUGCUACAUGUAUUUUAGCCAUAUGAUAAAGAAAUUUUAAUAAUUCAGACUGUCUAAUUUACAAAUCAACAACAAUUUUCCAUGAUCUAACUACUUUUAUGAAGACCUUAAAAUGUUCAAAACUCAAGUGGAAUCACGAGCUGCACUGGAGUGUUUUCACUGUAAAGUUUUGAACAUUUUGAUAUCACUUCUAUGGUCAUUAUGAGAGUGGUUGCAAGGAGAAUAUUGACUAUAUGUAUAUUCCUUCAUUUUUUCUCCUUUGUAGUUCUUUUCGCUUUCCGGUUUUGGCUUGAUCAACACCAUUCAAAGUUUAUCUGGACAUCAGCAUUUGCUAUCAUCAUCUUCAGAUCGGAGCUUUGCAUUUUGUUGGGGCUGAUCUUCUUCCUGGAGCUUGCUACUAGACGAGUAUCUCUGCUAACAGGAAUCUUGCAUUCUGCUUUAGCAGGAAUAAGUGCAGUAGGUACUAAAAGCUUUGGCAUAUCAUUUUUUUUGCUUACCUUAUUCAGUUUGCCAUUUUGUAGAGAAUUGCAUAUGAUACAGGUGAACUGUAUUUACUUGAUUAAAUGCUUUCGUCAUAUAUUAUAUUAAGGCCACAGAUGGAAGCAAAGUUACCAAAAAACACUACUCUUAAAAAAAUGUUGCACCUAAUCAGAAGAAUGUGGAGUUAUUUGAAGGAUUAAAUAAGAUUAAAAGACAACUGUUUAGAAAAGUUUGGUACAACUAGGUAUUCUAUCAGAGGCCAAACAAUAAUGAUUGUAAAAAUGUCUCUGUUUUACAUAUUUACAAUGAUUCCUCGUAAUAUUAUUGUGGGUGAUUUAUAAUUUCGAAAUAAACAAACCACAUGCUGGAAUAAAUGUAACCCUUGAAUAAAUCCCAUGUCUAAAAAGCCAAAAAGUUGAUAAACACCUCUGCACUUAAUCAAGUAAUGCUCAAUAAUUAUUCCAACAAAUACCUGCUUGGAAUUGAUUGAGCUAUGAAUGCAAUACUUGCUUUUUAGUGGAUGCAUCCAUAAUUAACUUUAUAUGCAUUAUGUAAGGUUUGAGCUGAGUUUGAUCAUUGUACUAUUACAUGCGAAAUUUCUGCAAUUUGAUUGGCUUACAGCAGUCGUAUUUCAGGUUAAUUUGAAAUACCUACAUGUGAAAAAUACAAACCUUGCGGGUAGUAGUAUAAACAAAUAAAAGCAUGACUUGUACAUGAAAUUCGGCAUAAAUACCACUUGUGAUAUUUCAAAAUUGUCACAAAUUUCACUUGCCUAAAGGUUUUUUUUGAAAAUAGGUUUAACAAUUGUGAAAUAUCACUUACGGUAUUUAUGCCAAAUAUACUAAAAAUCAUGCUGUUACCUGUACAAAUUGACAAAAACGACUUAUUUUGUUUUAGCUUUGACUUUUUGUGUGGAUUCAGUGUUCUGGAAAAGAUACCUGUGGCCAGAAGGGGAGGUCUUAUGGUAUAACACAGUUCUUAACAAAAGCUCCAGUUGGGGAGUAUCCUUUUAAAUUUUAACAAGAAAUAGCAUUAAAUAAUGCAGUCUGCAGCAUGACUGUGCAGGACUGUGCAAAUCAUGAGCAUGUUUUAUGAGGUUAUAAAGUAUUAAGUCAGAAGUGAAGGAAAUCAUUUUUUUGUAAAGACCUUUUUUGUUUGUUUAUGGUUUUACAGUACAGGUGUAUUUAAACAAGAUUUUUUGACACACUGACAGAACAAGAAAUGUCCGAAAGAAAAAUGGUGACUUGUCCAUUCGACAAUUGUUGUUUCGCUAACGUCCAUUUUGCCUCCCAAUGUCUUAAGUGGUUUGGCUUAUGACACGAAGUGAGCACCACACAUAUAUUUACCUGAUUCUUUUAGCCAUGAUACCGACAAAAAAGUCCCAUACACACGCGUAUACCACUUUGUUUAAGCUGCAAAUCAGGUUAAUGAAGUUGGGGAACUGUCCUAACACGUUAGCCAAAUGACUUAAGAUGUUAGCAAAGAGAAGGUUGACAAAACGACUGUUAAUUGAAAAGCAUAUAAAAUACUCUGAGGUUGUAUGGUUCUCUUUUCUAUUUUGUUUUUGUUUUAUUUCUUUUUUUACCGUACCUUUAAAAAGAAUUAUUGAAGUUUGGAUAGCAUAGCCCAAGAUACCCCUUUGCUUGAAAAAAAAAAGAAGUAAACAAAAAGAUAAAAUCUACCAUUUUGGACCCCCUUGUUCCUUGAUCACAUCUCAGACAUCUCCAUUCCUUUGGUACUUCUACUCAGUCCUCCCCAGAUGUUUAGUCUUUGCUCUUGUCCUAGUCCCUCUCGGCCUCUGGCGGGACCGGAGGACCUGGACACUAGCAGCUCCUUCCGUUGCCUUUGUGUUUCUUUAUUCAUUUCUUCCACAUAAGGAGCUUCGAUUUAUCAUCUAUGUCAUUCCUGUGCUCAAUGCAGUGGCAGCAUGUGGAAUGAGCUUUAUGUAAGUGCUGUUAAUGAAUACCAUCUUUAAUUGGCAUCAUUAAAAUAAGGAACCAGCCCUACUGUCAAUCAUCAAAUAGAUGCUAGGAGCACCUAUUUAAUUUUGGGUGCCAAAGAGGGGGCGUUUAAUAGCAAGGAGGCAUUUAAAGGCGUGAGACAUUUAUUCUCAUAUUAAAUUGUACACAAUUUCCAAAAAAACUAAUAUGCUUUUGAUAGGCGAAUGAAUUACUAGAGAGAUUAUUAGAGAGGGGCAUCUUUUACAAACUCAAAAGUGUAGGGGGGUAUUAGACAAGAGGCGUUCAUUAUAGAGCUAGAGGGCGUUUAUUAGAUCAUUUACCUGUUGGAAGAAAUCUUGUGAGGUAGAACGAAAUGUAAGCUGACAGUUGUGUGCAAAAUUUGCUUUUUGCGUUGCUUUGCUGUUGAAGGCCCCGUCUUAGCUACCUGAAAACUGGUUACAUGUACCUGUAGGCAAUAAGCUAGUAGUUGUUCUUGUGGAAAGCAUGGCUGAAGGUUUUUUUUCUGUUUCGGAAUUUACUCUAUGGAAAAUCCUGGUGGUGGCUUCUUAUCUUACAUUCUGGGUGUCCACCCUGUGGAAGCUUAAUGUUAAUGCUUGUGUAAUUUUCUCAUGUUUUCUAUUUAUGUUUCCUUUAAAAAGAUUGCUCAUUGAACAUGUUGAUUGAUUUUCAGAUACAAGAAUGAAGCUAAAUGGAAGCCAUUUCUGUCUGUUCUGGUAAAAUUUGUCACUGUGGGGGGACUGCUGGGGAACUGCUUGGUCAGUGGUUUAUUGCUGUUUAUCUCCCAUCAUAACUACCCUGGAGGAGUAGCUUUUCAAAGGCUUCACGCACUCCUAGAUAAUCAAACAGGUAGAGAGUAUUGCUUUCACUGACACAGCUGUUGGAUUAACGCGCACACAUUACCACCCACAUUACGGGGAACGUCCUUUUUAGGGACGUUACGAUCUGACAACGACCACGCCAGUGAAAACGUCGUUGAAAAAUAUACCCCGCAUCCUUUCAAACGUUUUUCGCGAUUUUUGUAAGUCGUGUAGUUACUUAAAAGUAGUGAAAUUAGGUUGGAGCUGAGGAAGGGGACAGCGUUCGAGCGCAGACUGAGAUAGUAACAUUUAUCGCCAUGCUGCAAGGUUUCUAUUGGUCAAUAACUUCAAAAUGAUAGGAAUGCUAUUGAAUGUUGUGCACGGUCAGGUCCAAAAAAGUGAACAAAAACCUAUAACAAAGGGUUUCCCAACCUUUCUACGUAAAUUAACUAUGUUCACACACAUCGGUCAUCGUGACGGAACUGUUGGCCGAGAGGGUUUGGUGAACUAAAUCCCAUUCCUCGGUCCCACGUAUUCCCUUCCCGUCCUGUUCACAUGACACCAAAGUGUGGCACGGAACCUAUCCGAUAUGUGACGCUCUACUUUAGAGGUAGACGCGGCACAGCUUUGCCCCGUCACUAGGAGGCAGUGUGGCCGAGCGGUUAGAGCGCUGGACUUUUAAUUCGGAAGUCCCGAGUUCAAGUCCCGCGCUGGCCACUUGCUGGAUUUGUUCACGGUAGUCCUGGUUUGCCUUCGACCAGUUGGGAUUCUCAACCCUGUUAAGUUCAAUUUGAAUUAUUUGUUUCAGGCAUUUGCUCGGCCCCACUAACAUUAGUGCUAUAAACACUGCGGAGGGUAAAUAACGGAAUUAUUGUUAUUAUUAUUAUUAUUAUUAUUAUUAUUAUUAUUAUUAGUAGUAGUAGUAGUAGUAGUAGUAGUAGUAGUAGUAGUAUUAUUAUUAUUAUUAUUAUUAUUAUUAUUAUUAUUAUUAUUAUUAUUAUUAUUAUUAAUCUCCUAUACUUUAGGAGGUUUUUAUCACAGGGUGCAUUCCAUAAGUAAGCAGAGUCCUUUUUUGUUUUCCUCAGAGGCUUGUCGUGUCCACAUUUCUGUUGCUGCUGCUCAAACUGGAGUUUCUCGGUUUGGCGAAGUGAAUCCUUCCUGGAGGUGAGCAACCCUCUACGCUUACCGGGGAUAGUUUUGUGGAAAGGAGAUAAACUUUUACACACGCGCGCGAAUGUUGCAAGGAUGCCGUCUAAUUGCAACUUACAGUCUUACUCUUGUUUUUUUACACCAGCUUAGUCUUUUCACUGUUCGUUCUAAGGCAGUUCAGUCAUGUCUAAUACUUUCGACAUGUUACGAGUGGAAAAUUUAUACGUUUUACAGCUGGUACGACUGGACAAGUUGUGUCCACUCGACAGAUAGUGUUGUCGAGUCAAAAUGCAUGGCUUUGGUUCACUCAAGCUUCCGCGUCGAAAGUUGUCUAGUCGUACUAUCUGUACUCAGCCUGAGCUGUACUUGUGGACAAAAUUAUUGUUGACAAGACAAAAUAACUUGACAAGUGUUCAAAUGCAUCUCAUUAGCAAAAACAAUAACGUGGCAGCAAAACCCUUUUUGCUACGAUUACAAGUUGAACUUUCUCAGUGUUGGUUGAAGGUGUUCUCAAAUAAACACCGCAGAAAAGGAAAAGUUCAAUUACUUUUUGUCAUUUUGGGUCAUUCUUUUACCCGCGAGUGGAGACUGGAGAAUUAAGUACAUGGCCGUACAGUCCUGCUUUUCAGUAUUACAAUACGAUUUUCAGUAUUGUUUGCCUCCGUCUCUUGGAUGGUGGUCUAUCUUUAGAUCCUUGCCGCUGCGACCGUUCAAUAUUCGAUCGCUGUACUUUCUUUUUCAGGCAUCCUAGCAGUUGCAGCUGUCACCCCGUAGCAAUCAUAACACAUUUGGGAGCUUAAGCAACAAUCACGGCGUCGGUUAGAAAAACGUCACUUAAAAAGUGAAUGCUCGCUGCUUUAAACUUUAUGACGCUUAUUCCAUAUCGUCCAAUUCAUCAAAUGUUGGCAAAUGUUUUUGGAGUUGAAUUCUAAAGGACUGUAUAACUGUUCAGGAGAAGAAAAAGAAAGUUGUUGUCUUCUGUUCCCGUCCUUAACAAACGUGAAUUUAGGCACUUUCACGUUGUAGUCUUGCAAAGACGGCGAAGAAAUGUACAAAAAAGCGUGAUGCACGUGCAAAGUUGUUUUGCUAAUCAAACCGAUUGCUUUUUCAUUAGGGAGCUUAAGCAACGAAGACGGCGACGGCUACGAAAACGUCACUUAAAAAGUGAAUCCGCGCUGCCUCAAACUUUAUCGCGCUUAUUCCAUCUCGUUUAGUCCGUCAAAUGUUGGCAAAUUUCGUUGGAGUUGAAUUCUAAAGGAUUGUAUCAAAGUUCAGGAUUAAGAAAAAGAAAAUUGUUGUUUUGUGUUCCUGUCCUCGACGAAACGUGAAAUUAGGCACUUUCACGUUGUAGCCGUGCAACGACGGCUAUAAGAAAUGUACAAAAAAGCGUGUUGCACGUGCAAAGUUUUUAUUUUGCCAAUCUAAACCUAUUGGUUUUUUGCCGUUCUCGUUGCUGUCACCGUUGCUUAAGCUCCCUAUUGUANGGCAAAUUUCGUUGGAGUUGAAUUCUAAAGGAUUGUAUCAAAGUUCAGGAUUAAGAAAAAGAAAAUUGUUGUUUUGUGUUCCUGUCCUCGACGAAACGUGAAAUUAGGCACUUUCACGUUGUAGCCGUGCAACGACGGCUAUAAGAAAUGUACAAAAAAGCGUGUUGCACGUGCAAAGUUUUUAUUUUGCCAAUCUAAACCUAUUGGUUUUUUGCCGUUCUCGUUGCUGUCACCGUUGCUUAAGCUCCCUAUUGUAUCACACGGAAACUAGCCUUUACGGAAGCUUUAACUGUAGUCACUUUUCACAGAUAUUUCAAGACCGAAGAUCUACCCGAUGACAGCCCUGAAAUGCUGGGAUUCACUCAUCUCCUUACCGAGCCACCAUGUGACAAAAUGAAGCGAUCGCACUUACUUCUCGACACUGUAAAUGGUUUUGAUAGGAUUAAUUUACAUUUUAAACGUUUUCCUUUCUUUUCUUUGGUAUUAGCUCCUAAAAUUUGUAUUCAAGAGAAGCGGGGAUGGAAAAAAAGCGACAAGAGGAGAAGCUGGUUGUUUGAAUCCUAUAUCGCAGCAUACGGUGCAUUUUUAUAA